CCAUCGGCUCUGCUUCCCCCAGCUGGCCUGCUCGCGGCAGUUUUGUCUUCGUGGUGUUAAGAGCUGCGCAAGCAAGCCGGUGUAAUCGUCGAUCGAGAUGGCCGGAGUGGUGGAGGAGCUGGUGAAGAAAGCCGGCGGGUGCGCGGUGAUCGACGGCGGCUUCGCCACGCAGCUGGAGGCGCUCGGCGCCGACAUCAACGACCCGCUCUGGAGCGCCGCCUGCCUCAUCACCAAGCCCAACCUCAUCAAGGAGGUUCAUUUGCAGUAUCUUGAAGCUGGUGCCGACGUCAUCAUUUCCUCUUCCUACCAGGCAACUAUCCCAGGGUUCUUGGCCAGAGGUUUGCUCAUCGAGGAGGCAGAAGGGUUACUGAGGACUAGCGUCCAUCUGGCACUGGAGGCACGAGACGAGUUCUGGAAGUCGACGCUGAGGAAGUCCAAGCCGGUCUACAACCGCGCCCUCGUCGCCGCAUCCGUCGGGAGCUACGGGGCAUACCUCGCUGAUGGUUCAGAGUACAGUGGAUCUUAUGGAGACGAUAUCACGGUAGAGAAACUCAAGGACUUCCAUAGGCGCCGGCUGCAGGUGCUCGCGAGUGCCAGACCUGACCUCAUCGCGUUCGAGGCCAUUCCCAACAAAAUGGAGGCUCAGGCUCUGGUUGAACUGCUGGAGGACGAGGACAUUCAAGUCCCUUCUUGGAUCUGCUUCAGCUCUGUUGACGGCCAACACCUCUGCUCGGGUGAGAGCUUCGAAGACUGCCUCCAGAUCAUAAACGCCAGCGAGAAGGUCGCCAUCGUGGGAGUGAACUGCACGCCGCCCCAGUUCGUCGAGGGGAUCAUACGCGAGUUCAAGAAGCAAACGGAGAAGCCGAUCGCGGUGUACCCCAACAGCGGCGAGGUCUGGGACGGGAGGGCCAAGAGGUGGCUGCCCGUCGAGUGCUUCGGUCGCAAGAGCUUCGACGUGAUGGCGAGGAGGUGGCAGGAGGCCGGCGCCAGCCUCAUCGGAGGGUGCUGCCGGACGACGCCGUCGACCAUCCGGGCUGUCUCCAAGGCCCUCAAGGGCAGGACCGGGCAUUGAUUGAUCCAUCGCUUCAGAGUUCAGAAUCGAGAUACUACCGUGUAGUUUGUUCGAGCUUGUAGUAGCGGUUUCUUUCCAAUCGCGUCGUAUGAGGGUGUUGUCUACUUGUCUUGCGGUGUAGAAUGUCUAAUUAGUAAUGGUUUGUACUGCUGACGUGCACCAAUCGAAUUUGGGCACUUGUUAUCCAGUCAUGGGUUGGGGUAUA